CCUUCACUUUUUGUGUAUGUGCGUUCUUGCUCUUGUGCAUUGUUGUCUCUGUGCGCUCUUGAUCUUGUGCAUUGCGUUCUUGAUCUUUUGCAGUGUUAUCUCUGUGCGUUCUUGCAUUGUGAUUUUGGGUGUUUUUGAAGAAGCCCAACUGAGAAGAAUGGCCACCCCGAAAUACAGAGGAAUGGAGCGAAGGCCUUGCUCCAAAAUCAUGAUUCAGCUAUUAGUGGUGGCGUUCUCUGUGUUUGUUGGUUGUAUAUCUAAAUGGCAAUAUAUGUCAAUUAAUAAUUCACAAGUACUAAUCAAUGAAUUGGGCUUUGCAUGCAAUUGUAGCAAGUUGUGUGCCGGUUUUAAUUUGCAAGCUCUCAAUGAUAAAUUCGGCCUGCCAAUUGGUGAAAAAUCAGAAGAAUUGGACCUGCCAAUCAAUGCAUAUGCAGAGGAACUGGGCUUUGCAUGCAAUUAUAGCAACUUGUAUGCUGGUCUAAAUUUGCAAGAAUAUGCAGAUGGAAUGGGCCUGUCAAUUGGUGAAAAAUCAGAAGAAUUGGACCUGCCAAUCAAUGCAUAUGCAGAGGAACUGGGCUUUGCAUACACUCCUAGCAACUUGUAUGCUGGUCUAAAUUUGCAAGAAUAUGCAGAUGGAAUGGGCCUGUCAAUUGGUGAAAAUUCAGAAGAAUUGGACCUGCCAAUCAAUGCUUAUGCAGAGGAACUGGGCUUUGCAUACACUCCUAGCAACUUGUAUGCUGGUCUAAAUUUGCAAGAAUAUGCAGAUGGAAUGGGCCUGUCAAUUGGUGAAAAAUCAGAAGAAUUGGACCUGCCAAUAAAUGCAUAUGCAGAGGAACUGGGCUUUGCAUACACUCCUAGCAACUUGUAUGCUGGUCUAAAUUUUCAAGAAUAUGCAGAUGGAAUGGGCCUGUCAAUUGGUGAAAAUUCAGAAGAAUUGGACCUGCCAAUCAAUGAAUAUGCAGAUGAACUGGGCUUUGCAUACAAUCCUAGCAACUUGUAUGCUGGUCUAAAUUUGCAAGAAUAUGCAGAUGGAAUGGGCCUGUCGAUUGGUGAAAAUUCAGAAGAAUUGGACCUGCCAAUCAAUGCAUAUGCAGAUGAACUGGGCUUUCCAUACAAUCCUAGCAACUUGUAUGCUGGUCUAAAUUUGCAAGAAUAUGCAGAUGGAAUGGGCCUGUCAAUUGGUGAAAAUUCAGAAGAAUUGGACCUGCGAAUCAAUGCAUAUGCAGAGGAAUUGGGCUUUGCAUCCAAUCCUACCAACUUGUAUGCUGGUCUAAAUUUGCAAGAAUAUGCAGAUGGAAUGGGCCUGUCAAUUGGUGAAAAAUCAGAAGAUUUGGACCUGCCAAUCAAUGCAUAUGCAGAGGAACUGGGCUUUGCAUGCAAUCCUAGCAACUUGUAUGCUGGUCUAAAUAUGCAAGAAUAUGCAGAUGGAAUGGGCCUGUCAAUUGGUGAAAAUAAAAAAGAAUUGGACCUGCCAAUCAAUGCAUAUGCAGAGGAAUUGGGCUUUGCAUGCAAUCCUAGCAACAUGCAUGCUGGUCUAAAUAUGCAAGAAUAUGCAGAUGGAAUGGGCCUGUCAAUUAGUGAAAAUUCAGAGGAAUUGGACCUGCCAAUCAAUGCAUAUGCAGAGGAAUUGGACCUGCCAAUCAAUGCAUAUGCAGAGGAAUUGGGCUUUGCAUACAAUCCUAGCAAUUUGUAUGCUGGUCUAAAUUUGCAAGAAUAUGCAGAUGGAAUGGACCUGUCAAUUGGUGAAAAUUCAGAAGAAUUGGACCUGCCAAUCAAUGCAUAUGCAGAGGAAUUGGGCUUUGCAUCCAAUCCUAGCAACUUGUAUGCUGGUCUAAAUUUGCAAGAAUAUGGAGAUGGAAUGGGCCCGUCAAUUGGUGAAAAUUCAGAAGAAUUGGACCUGCCAAUCAAUGCAUAUGCAGAGGAACUGGGCUUUGCAUACAAUCCUAGCAACCUGUAUGCUGGUCUAAAUUUUCAAGAAUAUGCAGAUGGAAUGGGCCUGUCAAUUGGUGAAAAUUCAGAAGAAUUGGACCUGCCAAUCAAUGCAUAUGCAGAUGAAUUGGGCUUUGCAUGCAAUUAUAGCAACUUGUAUGCUGUUCUAAAUUUCCAAGAAUAUGCAGAUGAAAUCGGGCUGUCAAUUGGCGAAAAUUCAGAGGAAUUGGACCUGCCAAUGAAUGCAUAUGCAGAUAAAUUGGGUUUUACAUGCAAUUCUAGCAACUUGUAUGCUGGUCUUAAUUUGCCGCAAUCUCUCAGUGAAUAUGCAGAUGGAUUUGGCCUGCCAAUUGGUGGCAAUUCAAAAGAAAUGGAGCUGCCAAUCAAUGCAUAUGCAGAUGAAUUGGGUCUGUUAAUUAGCAGACAUUCAGAGGAAUCUCGCCUUCCAAUCAAUGAAAAUACAGAGGAAGUCAGCGUUUUAAUUGGUCUGUCUGUCACGUCAGAGGAAAAAAAGACCAAGGAAUGGGUGUUGGAUGUUUUUCUUGGACGAGAUUCCAAACAUUUGGGAGCAGUGUGUCCUCUGGCUCUGGUUUGUGCAGUUACGGGUGCAUUUUUUUGUACAGCUGUAGUAGUGAUUAAUUGGUCCAAGAAAAGGGCAACAUACCCUAGUACUAAGUCUUCCCUAGAAUUUCGUAAAGAAAUUCAGACAAAGACAAACGAGCAUACACAACAACGUCCUUUUCAGAAGGUGAUUCUUGAUAAUGCAGAAGAAUCAUAUUCUAGAAAGGAUGUAGAUAAAAAGCAGCUAAAAGAAAUACCUAUCCGAAGAUCAGAUAGAAUUUCAAACCGAAAAAAAUCCGAUUGCGCUCUCUAUAAACAAGAUGUAGAGAGAAAGCAGCUAAAUGCAAUCCCUUUGAGGAGAUCAGAGCGGAUCAGGAAUUUAACAAAAUCUGAUUGUGCUCGUACUCAUAGACAGCAUGCAUAGACUGUUUAUCAGAAUGCAUCAAAGGGAUGUUAUUUUAUUUCAAUCACACAGAUAUAACAUUUGUAGAUUAUGUAAGAGUGGGUUUGUUGAAUAGGCUUAAACCUUUCGUCGCCUCUUUGCUACUUUCCUUGAAUCCGAAGACCCCUUGGUCCUUUAAUUUUAUUGCCAUGUUUUCCUUGACUGCUAAGGCCUCUCGGUUGUGGUUUUUCUGUCAGUCUUUGUCCAGCGGGCUAUUUAUUUAUACCCUUGAUGGUCAUCCUUGCUCUUCUUCAGAAUCUUUCAGUGUUACAGCAAUCAUUGUCUUCAUGGUUUCCGUGGUACAAUUCUUGACUCUAGAUAAGACAGAUUGUAUGCUCAACAGGGGUUUUGGGCCACAAAUUUGUAAAAUUGUUUAAAAAAUAGAUAUGCCUUCUCUAGGUUGAAGGCAGAUACAAUGAAUUAUUUGGUAGGGGAUUUUCUUUCGAAUUACAUAUUUUAAGUUGUUGGAAGGGUUGGUUCCAGUAAAGAUCUGAUUGUGCAGAGAUUAGAGUUUGUAGCAUUUAAUGAUAAGUGAAGCUGUCUAAUGGAUCUUCUUUAUGCUUCAAAGUAUGUUAUGAACUUGGAAAAUGCACAAAAUGGAGGAAUUAAACUGAACUUCUUUAUGAGCAGGGAAUUUGAAAGAAAGAAGCUUUAAACUCCAGAAUUUUUACAGCUUGUGGACAGGAAGGUAAUGCUUGAGUUUGUCAUAAGUUCCAAGCAGCAAACUGGCUGUUCAAAGUUAAUCAUGUAUAAAUGUUCCUUGAAAGCUUUGACCAUUGAAAGCUGGGGUGGUUUCUCCUAGGAUUAGUGUAAUCCCUGAACUACUUUGAUAUCUAGCUUCCAGUGAUCUUUGUUGAAGAAUAUUUUCAUGGCCAAGGUUUUUACUGGAUCCAAUUAAUAGAUGAUAUAUUUUAAGA